GGUGGUUGCCGGGGUGACGCGCGAGGCCUGGCGGGCCGGGGGCGCGAUGGCGGCGGCGGCGGCUGCGGCGUCGCGGGCGGAGGGGCCCCCGCUGCCCGGCCCGCCGGGGGGCCGCCCGCGGCCCGUCUGCUCGCGGCCCUACUUCCUCGUCCUCAUGGUGUUCGCGCACCUCUACGUCCUCAACGUGCUGGGGCUGCUGCUCUUCGUGCACCUCAGCGCCGGCGACACCGGCGGGCCGCCCGCCGCCAGCCCCCCGCCGCCGCCGCCGCCGCCGCCCGCCCGCGCCCUCCCGCGCCUCGAGGGCAUCAAGGUGGGUCACACGCAGCGGGUGGAGCUGGUGGCCGGGCGGGCCCACGCCGUGCGCACCCUCAGCCUCAAGCCGCUGCUCUUCGAAAUUCCCGACUUCCUAACAGAGGAGGAGUGCAAGCUCAUCAUCCAUCUGGCGCAGCUGAAGGGGCUGCAGAAGAGCCAGAUCCUACCAACAGAUGACUAUGAGGAAGCCAUGGAAAUGAUAGAAAUCAGCCAGAUGGACAUUUUCAAUCUGCUGGACCACAAUCAGGAUGGACAGCUGCAGCUCAAAGAGGUGUUGACUCACACCCGGCUUGGGAACGGCAGGUGGAUGACCCCCGAAAACAUCCGGGAGAUGUACACGGCAGUCAAGGCCGAUCCCGAUGGGAAUGGGGUGCUGAGUUUGGAGGAGUUCAAACGACUGAACAUCCGUGAUUUCCACAAGUACAUGGGAAGCCAGAAAGUGAAGAUGAGCGACUUGGUGCGCAACAGCCAGCACACCUGGCUGUACCAGGGCGAGGGGGCACACCAGGUGAUGAGAGCCAUCCGGCAAAGGGUAAUGCGCCUGACUCGCUUGCCCCCCGAGAUUGUGGAGCACAGCGAGCCCCUCCAGGUAGUGCGGUAUGACCAAGGAGGGCACUACCAUGCUCACAUGGACAGCGGCCCCGUCUUCCCCGAGACCGCCUGCAGCCACACCAAGCUGGUCGCCAACGAGAGCGCUCCCUUCGAGACCUCCUGCCGGUACGUGACAGUGCUGUUCUACCUGAACAAUGUGACUGGGGGAGGCGAAACAGUCUUCCCUAUAGCUGAUAACAGGACGUAUGAAGAAAUGUCUUUGAUCCAGAACGAUGUUGACCUGCGAGAUACUCGGAAAAACUGUGACAAGGGCAAUUUGCGAGUGAAACCUCAGCAAGGCACUGCGGUCUUCUGGUACAAUUACCUGUCAGACGGAGAAGGCUGGGUGGGGGAGCUGGAUGACUUUGCCCUGCACGGGGGCUGCCUGGUCACCCAAGGCACGAAGUGGAUUGCCAACAACUGGAUCAACGUGGAUCCCAACCGCCGGCGGCAGCUGCAGUUCCAGCAGGAGAUGGAGCGUUACGCGGGGGCCGGGGCCGGAGCCCCGGGCGAGUGGACAGUCGAUAAAGCCUACAGCGGGGUGCACCUGGAGCUGUAGGGCCGGGCUCGGGGGGGGCGCAGGGCCCGGCCGCGCACACGUGGCUUUUUCCCGCGCUGGGCGGGGGGCGGGGCCGCGGGCCACGUGCGCGGCGGGGCCGCGUCGCGCGCCAAUAAAGCGUGGAGAGACGG